CUGACAGCGUGGUGAGCUACGCGCAUGCGAGGGCGCCGACAGAACUUGUCACGGAGUCGUUCGCCUUUCCGUUUCUUCUUUCCUUUUUUCUCUGGGGCUCCUCUUUUUUCCUCACCUUGUGUCUCGAGUCCUCUCUCUGUGUGUAUGCUCCGGGGCACUCUCUCUCCGUUCUCGUUUCCCUCUGCCCUCGCGGAGCUUCUCCAUUGGCUCUCCUCUCCGCUCCACUUUCUCGGCUUCGCAGUCUCAGCUUUCCUGUUUGCGCCUCUUUACCGUGGUCGCUGCACAGCCUUUUCCUGCCAAGCGAAAGAGAAACCUUGAAGACGGGGGGAGGGCGCCUUCGGUUCGCUUGCUGCUGCGUUCUGCUUUGUGUGCCUUCGAGUCUCAAGAAGGCGGUAUCCUCGCUUCUCCACUUCGGCUGUUCCCGCGGCUCUCCCCGUUCUGCUACGCCUUCCCCCUCGCGCUGUCUUUUCUUCGCAAUGGAGGCCUCGGCUACUCUGUUCUUCCUGGACUUUGCCGACCGCCUCUUGGGCUUGUGUCUCUCGACCGGGCAUGUCGGUGGCUAUCCGCGUGACUGCCUUCUUCUUCUUCUCCUUCUUCUUCUCCUUCUGCUUUUCCUUGCUUCCUCUCUCAUUCUAAUCAGCCGCAUUCUCCUCUGGAUCCUCGACCCGGUCCUCCAGUGGCAGCGCGACGCCGGCAAAGCCAGCAGGUCGGACUGGUCUUCGUGAAGACGUCGCCAAAAAAAAGAGAAGAAAGAGGAGCGAGAGUUCCCUUCGCCUCGGAGCUCGCGCUCGCGGGUGGCCAGACAACUCGCGACUUGGAAGGCGGGAGAAGGUGGAAAAAAAGUCGGGGAAGGAAACCCGAGAAGACAUCGCGACAGUUGGAAAAUCCUGGCUUCACGAGAAAUGCAAAGAGAGGGAUGGAGUGCAGGGGCAGACGAAUCUUCAACUCUCCUUCCAUCUCUCUCCCUCGCACUGCCUUUCCUUCUCUGUCCCUCCCUAGAUGUGCAUCUCUUUAUGGCGCGUUUUUUUCUCUCUCUUUUCUCUCCUUUCUCUUCCAUUUCUCUUCUUGCUGUCUUCUCUCCCUCCUUUCUCCCUCUUCUCCUUCUCUUCUCUCGCGUUUCUCUCUUUCCUUUCUCUCGCCGAUUCAACAUGGCUGUCAGUGUCUGCUGUGCUGUGUGCAGCUGCUUCCUGCUUCCCUCGAGAGAAGAUCACGCAGCGGUCUCUGGGCCGCCGUCGCCUCAGGCCUCUUCUCAGGAUUUCUCUUCCGCUGACGCCGAGCUCUCUCGCCCCCCCUCGGUCGAUCUCUCUGUCGUCGUUCCAGCGUUCAACGAGUCGCUUCGACUUCCCUUCGCGCUCGCCGAACUCAUUUCCUUCCUCGAGGCGCGUCGUGCGAGUUCUCGCCUUCUCUCUGCUUCGCCUCCCGCUUCUUCUUCUCCUUCUUCUCCUUCUUCUCCUUCUCCUUCUUCUUCUCCUCCUUCUUCUUCGUCGUUGGCAGGUGCUCCCGAUAACGCUUCGCUUUUCACUUACGAGAUCAUCGUGGUUGACGACGGCAGUACUGAUGCGACCUCCGCGCUCGUGCCUCUGCUGGGAGCAGCGAUUUUUUCUCCUUCGUCCUCACCCUCUGCUGCGCGUUGCUCCCGCGCCGCCGCCGCCGCUGCGGAGGCCGCUUCUCUCGCGUUCUCGCGCGUGUAUGCGUCCAGCUCAGCCGCAAACGAAACACCGCGUAAGGAUCUCCACCUCUCUUCUCUCGCUCCACUAGGCCGUCCUUCGUCGGCGGUCUCUGCUUGCUCGUUGUCUUCUUCUCUCGAAGAGUCGCCGCCGAUUUCUGUGGCGGCGGCGGAGGCGACGCGAGCGGCGACGCGCGUUCACCUGGCAGAAGCUGCAGGCCACCAGCGGCAUGCGCGUCUUUCGCGUUCGGGGAGGGAUGCCUCACGACGAGGCCGCGACAGCGAGGCCAGGACGGCGACCUCGCUCUGCAGACGCGUCCUCGCGAGCGACGGAGAGGCCGGCACCAGAACUGAGGAAGAGGCCGAGGACGAGGUCCCUGCGUCUUCUCCGCUCUCUUCGCUGCGCGUUCUGCGGCUGAAGGAGAACCGCGGAAAAGGCUUUUCUGUGAAACUCGGCGCCAUGCAUGCGCGCGGACGCAUGCUGCUCAUGGCAGAUGCCGACGGGGCAACGACGGUCGACAAUUUGGUUUCCCUCGAACGCGCCGUCCUCAUCGAAGGCGAGCGAACGCGCAGAGAGAGGAGCGCGCGCGAGAGAACGCAGAGAGAGCGAGCCGAGGGAGGCCAACGAACAGCGAGAGACAGCGAGGCUUGUGACAGCGCCUCGCCGAGCCCCCUGCACGCAGAGGGCGACUGGGCCGAAGAGCCGCGAGGCAAGGUAGUGGAACUCAGCAGCUUUUCCGAGACGAACGACAGGGAAGGGAAAGCGGAUUCGAUUGUCUCUGGGACGGUUGAGCUGGAACACAGUCGUUCAGCGGGCGAAAGUGGAUGCGAGAAGAACCGAGAGGCCUUGGAUCGAACCGAGGAGGCGCGCGAGGCCGUCCUUCCAGCUUCCACGCCUCCUCUCGCUUUUCCCUGGCGUCGCGUGUAUAGGAGAGAAACGCAGAACGAACAAGCCGAGACAGAAGCAUUUGUCGCUUUUGGAUCGAGAAGACAGCUCGAGCAAGCGGCAAUCGCCUCGAGGUCAUGGCUGCGAAACUUUUUGAUGCAUGCGUUUCACUGGUGUGUCCGCGCGGUAGUCGGCGACUCCCGCGUCAAGGACACCCAGUGCGGUUUCAAACUCUUCACACGGUCUGCCGCGCGUCAACUCUUUCCGCGGCUGCAUCUUUGUCGCUGGGCAUUCGACGUCGAGUUGCUUCUUCUUGCGCGCCUCCGGCACGUUCCUGUUGCGGAAGUUCCUGUCGAAUGGCAGGAGAAGGAGGGAAGCAAACUGAACGUCCUCGGCGCCUCCUUCCAAAUGGCCCGCGACAUCCUCGUUCUCAAGUGUAUGUACACCGCAGGCCUUUGGGGGUAGCCGCUCCGGUGCGCGCCUGAAGACCUGAAGAGGCUGGGACGCUCCUCUGUCUUCUCUCGAAAGGUUGAGGCUCCGUCAGACGCAUCCGGCGGCCGGGCGUUUCCUUCGCUUCCUCGCUUCGCAGUUGCAGAGUGACGAGAGGCUUCGCUGAGGCGCGUCACCCACCGCGGUCCAGUGCCGUUCAAAAAGGUUUGCACCUCUGAGGAAGCGUCGGGCCGCGAGACGCAUGCAGAGAGCAGCAACAGCCCGGUGCAUGCGCGUUGCGUGUGAAGAAUUCGUCGCCGAGUCGUGGAGCAACGAGUCUGUUUUGGAAAGAGGACUCUCGACUCUGAGAGGUCACUCAGACGCAAAGCGCGCCGCCGUCAAGAACACAGAAAGGCCUCACUUGGACCUGAGCGGUUGUCACCGCAGACGAAAGGAGAACUCCACCCUGCGACUGACUUACACGGAGCGCCGGCUUGCGAACCUGGGCAUCCUCGCCACCCCACGGACAGCCACAAGACACAAGAAGCGAGGACAGAAGCAGAGAAGAGAGAAGAAAAGAAGAGGAAAGAAAGGAGAGAGAAAACAGAGGACAGAGGCAGAGAAGAGAGAAGAAAAGAAGAGGAAAGAAAGGAGAGAGAAGAAAGGAGAGGUGAUGGAGGAACCGUGUCUGUGGUUCGUCUCCAAAGCAUGUGAGGCGCAAGUCUUUUUCUUUGAGGAGAAAGCGAAAUGUAGAAGAAAACGAGCGAGCGGCGAUGCAACGCGACUCGCAUUUCUCACCUUCGCGGUUUUGCGCCGAGCAGUCGCUCUCUGGAAAAAGUUUCUCCAUUCGACAACAGUGCUGAAGAACGAAAUGGGGAAGAGAGCUCUGUCUGGAAGAGCCUCACACUUCCUUUUUUGAGCGCAGCGAGAGUCUCUCCCUUCAGCUAUCGGUGAGAGGCAGAGAAGCGGCUAGUCUGCUGGGG